GAAAAUGAAAGUAUCGAGUGUAUCUGUGCUGUAGGGUUUUUAUCUUUACAGAUCUUCUAAUGUUGUAAAUAUUAAAAAUGGUUAAAUGCCGAGUCUCAUUACCUCCAGCGUGUUACUAAAGUUCAGGACUUUACGGAAGUUAAUUUGGUAAACGGAAAUGAAUGUAUUUAUUAGUGUUUGUUUACUGGCUCGAGUCUACACUGUAAAAUGGAGAACGGCAGCUAUCAUGGAAGUUCUCUUUAUUCUCUUAUUUUCUCUUCAUCUUUCAUCAACAGACACACACUCUCUGCAGUACCUCUACACCGCCGUCACACCAGGAAUAAAUUUCACUGCUGUUUGGCUGGUGGAUGGACAGCAGUUUAUGUACUACGACAGUAACAUCAGGAAGGUGAUCCCAAAGACAGAGUGGAUACAGAAGAUGAAAUCUGGUAAUCCAGGUUACUGGAACAGUGAGACAUCGCAUAUGCAGUCUCAACAGGAGAGUUUCCAAGACACUGUGAACGCAGUAAUGCAGAGCCUUAAUCACUCUACAGGAGUUCAUACACUACAGAGGAUAUACGGAUGUGAGCGUGAUGAUGACAACACUAUUAGAAGAUAUGAUGUGUUCGGUUAUGAUGGAGAAGAUUUCAUCAGUUUGGAUCUGAAAACUGGAACCUGGACUGCAGCUGAAUCUCCAGCUCUGCUCUUUAUAAAGAAGUGGGAGUCUGCAGGAGCUGAGGGUGUAGACCAGAAACCCUUCCUGGAGAAUGAGUGUAUUGAUGAGUUAAAGAAGUUUGUGUCUUACGGCAGAGAGAGUCUGGAGAGGGAAGUUCGUCCUACAGCGUCAGUGUUCCAGAAACACUCGUCUUCUCCAGAUGUGGUGUGUCAUGCUACAGGUUUCUUCCCCAAAACAGUGAUGAUCACCUGGCAGAAGGACAGAGAGGACGUGCAUGAGGACGUGGAUCUCAGAGAGACGUUACCCAACCAGGAUGGAAGCUUCCAGAAGAGAAGCAUUCUGACAGUCUCAGCCGAGGAUCUGCAGAAACACACCUACACCUGCGUGAUUCAGCACAGCAGCUUGGAGAAGGAGAUGGUGCUGAAUGUGAGCGAGUGCCGAAUCCUGAAUCCUGGUGGAGGAACAGGUGGAGGAACAGGUGGAGGAACAGGUGGAGGAACAGGUGGAGCUUCAAUCAGUAUCAUUGUUGGUGUUACAGCUCUCCUGGUUCUCGUUGCCGUUGUUGCUGGAAUUGUGGUCUGGAAGAAGAAGAACUCUGGCUUCAGACCUGUUUCAUCCAGAUCUUACUCUGAUGGAGAUGCUUGCUGCAACAACAAUUGUAGUGGACUGUGUGUGUUCCCGCUGCACUGAGAGAGUAAGACGUGAUGUUGUUUACGGUGUAAUAUGGAAUAAAGAUCUGUGUGUGUUCCCGCUGCACUGAGAGAGUAAGACAUGAUGUUGUUUACGGUGUAAUAUGGAAUAAAAAUCUGUGUGUGGAGUGAAAAUCCAGCAGAAAAGCCUGCGCUAACAUUAAAUCUCAUCUCAGAGCUGAUCCUGUGGCUGUACUGUUGGAUGUGAUUAUCACAGUGAAUAUGUCUACAAUUUACAGUUGUAAUGUGUAAAAUUUGAAGUCCAAUCUCUAAAGAACUUGAACUCAUUUCAGUGAAAACCAUUUGCACUCAGCAACCAGUUUUGUCACAAUUUGGAGACGGAUGCAAGUGCAGAUAAUAAGUUUAAUAAAGACGAUAACAAAAACAUAAGACACUAAGACCUUGUGGCAAAACACUAUGGCAAAGACUAAACAUAAACCAAAGACCUGAACACAGUAACAAAGAUAACGGCAAAGAAAGACGAAAGACAAAGUAAGACAAGGAGUGCAGUACAGUCUGUGGCUAUAUACACGAGUACGCGUUAACAAGAACGUGAUUCAGGUGCAGAUGGUCAUGUGGCUGUGAUGUAAGAUGCAGUGGCUGCUAGUAACACCCCCCACCUCCCCUGCCAAAGGCGCUACUCCUGGAGUGCCAGAAAACACUCCCUCCCCCGGUGGUCCUGGCCACCACAAUGUGGCCAAUGAAGACACAAAAUGUCUUCCGCACUGCAGAGAGAUGACAUAAUAUCCCCGGCCUGGCUUGAAUGCGGAAUGAUGGCUACUGCUUAGCCUGUGGGAGGAACGAAGCUGAAGGCGGAGCCUGAGGGGGAAGCGACAUUCCCCAUGAUGCUAGAGGGGGGAGUGAUGGUCUCCGUGAAGUAGAAAGGGGGAGCAAUAUAUGGCGUGAAGCAAAGAGAAGGAGUGACGUCUUCAGUGGAGUGACUGGUUGGGAGGCUCCCCUUUGGUAUACCCCAUGAUGGAGUACAUCACUUCAAGCCAUUUGCUAUUGUUUUUAAUGAGGGAGAAUUGUCCCUCCUCCUCCCACCUUAGCUUUUCCUUUUCAUACAUGGCCUCUUGGACCCUGAAAAAUUCUGCCUGUAGUCCUUAGAAACUUUACAUAUCUUGCUCAUGAUUAUUUUGUAAUUUACAGUUGUAAUGUGUAAAAUUUGGAGUCUAAUCUCUAAUGAAUUUGAACUCAUUUCAGUGAAAACCAUUUCAACUCAGCAACCUGUUACUAUGUUACAUUAUUUAUGCUUCAGUCUUAUUUGUCAUCUGGUAAAUGUAAAAAAAAAAAAAAAAUAGUUUUACUGCUGUCCAUCUACAAUGUGUGUAUUUCUGAAUUCCUUUCCAUAUUUCUCUCCCUCUUGUUCUCCUAUUUCACAGGAAAGGAGGUGCAGCUAUGUCUUCUUCUUCCUCUUCUUCAUCUUCUUCUUCUACUUCUUCUGCUUUUAAUAGUAUUCAGCAUAGAAUGUAAUGCAUUCUAACUGGACUACAACGUGUAGCACUGGAAUACAUUCUUUAUAUCUGUGUUUUAUAGGGAGGGAUGAAUAAUAAUGUCCUGUAGUCCUUAGAAACUUUAUAUAUCUUGCUCAUGUUAUUCCUGAAAUUUUUUUUAUAAAGACUGGAAAAAGUAUUAAAAAUCAUACUGAAGUAAAAGCACUGUUACUUACCAAAAAAUACAGAUUGGACAUAUAAUUACUACACAACACACUCCAAAAUCUAAAUCAUGUUUUUAUCAUAAGAAAAUACAGCUGUUAUUUGUCACCUAUACAUUUCAGUACAGGUAAAUCCUUUUCUUCACAUGUCCCAGCCUGUUAUUUAUCUGGGAUCAGAAGGUUCCUUACCUGUUCUACUUACAGUUGGUGCUGAACACUUCACUACCUCUGCCAUGAUUGUAAUAAAUGUAACUUGUCAAACCAUUAAUAAAUCUUUAUUUACUC